UUGCUGUGGUGGCCCAGCGUUGGUAUGUGUUUAUGGAGUUCCAUACGCCGGUGUGUGCUUUUGUGUGUAUGUCCAAGAUGCGUGUGUGUGUUAUUGUGCGUGUGUUUGUUCUGCUGCUGGCGACCACAGAGGGUUUGCCACCAUCUGCGUUGACUGUGCACGUCUGUGAUGAGGUCAGCGUGUUGCGAGGACAAGACGCCAUCCUGGGAUGCUCCUUCACUCAUCCCAAGCAGGACCGCUACGUCGAUAACAUCAUGUUGAGCUGGAUCGGCAGAACCGAAACAAAUCCGCCGUUUUUCCAAUGUACAGUCAAGAACGACUCAUCGGCCACACUCGCCGAUUGCCUUGGCCUAAGCGGCUUCUUGUUGGCCGGCAACCUCCGGCAGGGGAAUGCGUCGCUUCGCAUCAGCGCUGUCCAAGUGAAGGAUGAGGGCGUGUACUUCUGCAACGUAAAACUGGAGAAAGGAGGGUCACAGAAGAAAAAGUUGAUGCUGAAUGUACAAGUGAGGCCUGCAAUCCUGAGCCUGUCAAUGGUCACCAGCAGUUCCAGUGCCCCCAACAGGCUGCAGUGUGUGGCGGAGGGCCUACCGCUGCCCAACAUCACCUGGCUGUCAGCCUACGGGCAGCCGUUAGCGACAGCGUUAGCGGCGCAUGUGAAGACCUCGUUUGCACAUUGGUACCUGAACAGCUCCAUACCGUACGAGAGGCAGGAAGAGCUCACUUGUCGGGUGGAGAAUGCGCUGGGGCGGGCCGAGGGGACGUACCGGCCAGCGAACACGCUGAGGGAUCUGGGCCUGGUAUGCGGUGGCGUCGCGGUGGCACUGCUGAUGUUGGCCACAUGGGGCUUCGUUGUCCACCGACAGAAGAUUAGAGCACGAAAUUGCAACGCUCAGAUUCAACAAAACGAUCAAAGACUAGAGAACUGCUGCCUGCAAUCCUCCGAUGGUCCAGCCGGCGGCGCUAUUGAGCUUCAGACUGUUUAUGCCACUGUUGUUCUUCCUGAUGCCAGUGAAGGCGUGCCAUGUACAAAGUCCAAACAUGCUCACACACAUCAAGAACAAGAUAUCUUGUACUCAACUGUGAAAUUUCAAUAGUCAUCUUCAUCAUCUUUGAAGUUGUGUGUUCCUCCCCAAGCUUCAGCUCUGCACUCCCGGCAAAGGGGUGGGGUCAACAUUUAAAAAGCAGUUUGCAGAAGUUUGUGUUGGUUUUGUCAUUCCUAAAUGGCGGCGCUCACAUGAAGCGUCAAGAUCGAAGUGAACAAAGAACCUCGU